AUGGUCGAACAAUGCGUUCUUGAUCCGAUUUGGCAGCAGUUUGAUAUUUCUUCUGGUUCUGGCUCAAGCAAUGAUGACGACGGCGAUACCAAGGCCAUUGAUACUACAAUUUGUAGUGCUGAUGAAUCAGACCGAGCUACUGGUGGAUCUGGCCCAUCGGAUCUGUUGAUUGUGCGUCAUUUCAUUUUUCUCCGACAGAGCUUGCUUUCUAUUGGUGAA